CUCCUUCUUCUUCCUCACAGAAACCUAUACGAGCGGUGAUUCCCGUCAGGGUAUUCCCGAAUCUCUCAAAGCUCGACUCACCUCAUCGUUGAUUGGUCUGUGUGAGUACCCGAUUCGGGUAUGUCCCGUCGGCGAGCUUCUCACGUCAUCUACCCCUAUUAUACUACCCACAAGGCGUUGGCAUUCGAUCAGUAAUACCAUAUGGUAUUUGAUCCACUAUGGCGACUUUCCUUCUGACGGAUAUAGAUAUUCUCAUCACUUGACCCUCUUCCCAACACGAAGUCAAGAGACACGCAACUAUGUCUGAACCAAUUAUCCACCACACAACGCUCAACACCGAAUUCAAAGGAAUCAGACACUCCAUUUCAUCAUCUGGGAACCAAGUAUGGCAAUUCAGAGGAAUAAAAUACGCAAAUAUCCCAACUCGAUUCAGACAAUCAACCCUCCAUGAAGCAUUCUCUCCAGUCUACGAUGCUACUUCAUACGGACCAACAUGUCCACAGCCACUCUUCCCUACUCGAAUGGAAGAAGCUCUCAUUGGCAUCCCAUCUCCCAUCGACCCCUCAACAUUUGACGAAUUCGAAUGUCUGAACCUAAAUAUUACAGUACCUGCAAAUACUAAACCAAAUGCUGGUCUGCCAGUAAUGGUUUACGUGCACGGUGGAGGUGGAUUUACAGGUUCGAAUGCGGAUUGGUGGUGUGAUGGCGGUGGGAUUGUGAAGCGGAGCGUAGAAAUUGGGAAGCCAGUUGUGGUUGUUGCUAUCAACUAUCGACUUUCCGUAUUCGGAUACAUAGGCUCCGAAGAGUUAAGACAAGUAAACGGCAAAGAAAACACUGCAAACUUUGGACUACGAGACAUCCACACAUCCCUAACCUGGCUAACCCACAACAUCGCCCCCUUCGGCGGCUCCCCCACCAACCUAACCCUCUACGGCGAAUCCCACGGCAGUGCCGCCAUCUUCACACACCUACACUCCCUCCAACGCCCCCUUUUCCACCGCGCAAUAACACAAUCCCAACUCCUCGGCACCGCCCUUUUCAGCACGCCGCUCUCCCUCCCCUUCGCUUCCUCAACCUACGAAUCUACCAAAACCGCGCUCGGAGUCAGUACCGCCGCUGAACUAGCCGCCGUGCCGUAUCAAGACCUGAUCGCCGCGUACGUGAAAAGUGAUCCUAGGAAUGGGAUGGGGUGUAUGGUUGUUAUGGAUGAUGUAUUCUUCCCUUCGGACUGGAAGGGGCGGUUAGGUGGGAAUUUUGCGGGGAGGGAGAUAUUGGUGGGGUGUACGGGGAACGAGAGUUCGGUUGUGAAGAUGGUCAUGGUUUCUUCUCCUGUUGUGAAUCCGAGGCCUACGACGGCUUCUUUUGUGUCUUCGCUGGAGACGGUUCUUUCUGGGUCGAAGGUACGGGAUAUUUUUGCUAAUUAUGGAAUUGAGGAUACCACGGAAGCGGAGUUAGUAGCGGACAAGUUGCUGCAGAUUGUCGAAGAUGCAUGUUGGUAUAACCCUCAACGAGUAUUCUCCCUCCACGCUCAGAAAUCCGGGGUCAAGGUAAACCAAUAUUCUUUCGAGCAGAAAAAUGCAUUUGAGGGGCCAUUCAAGGGUGUUCCUGCUCACUCGUUGGAUUUGGCUUAUUUGCAUGGGGAUGAGAGAAUCUUUGACAGCUGUGAGGAUCCAGAGGGAGAAAGAAGGUUGCAAGGGGAGCUUAGGGAUGCUUGGAUUAGGUUUGCGAAUGGAGAGGGGGGUGGGGAGGGAGUGAAGAUCUUUGGAGCAGAGGGGAAUGUUAAAGAGAUUAAAGAAGAUGGAUUUCUGAGCGAGUUUAGAAGAGGUGAGAAAUGGGGUGUUUGGGAAGGAGUUGGAGAGGCAGAGUUGGAGGGCUUGAUUGGGCUGGUCGUGGUGCAUCUUUCGGGGCUGUUAGGGCAGGCUAAGGUAGAGAAGAAAGACUGA